AUGAUUCUGGACUCGGUGCACGAGGAGUUUGAGCGGAUCGACUCGAAUCACUAUGGGUACAUCACGCGCAAGGCACUGCAAGACUAUGCACGUAGGACGAACCAAGAUGCCGAUUUUGUUGAACAUUGGAUGACGUGGUUCGAUGCGGACAAGAAGGGCUACAUAACGAUGGAAGACGUCUGUACCACACUUGGUAUUCCAAUGAGGAAGGAGUACACACAGAAGGUGGAGGAGAAGCGAAGCCUGAUAUCACAGGGCAUAAUUCCGGCGCCGAAUGACGCGCCAGCCGUUUUCGCAGCUCCCCCACAACCGAAAUCAAAAUCGACCCAACUGAUGGACGGCGUGGAGUUGCUGAACCAGACUCCAGUCAAAGACGGCAUCCUGGAGGGCUGCGUGCGCGUGGUGAAGGACUUCCCGGGCACCUUCAAGGAGGAACAAGAAAUGGCGCGCUACUUGAAGGAGCAAAUGGAGCUGCGUUACAAGAAGUACUGGCAGGUGGUUGUGGCCAGUUCGACGAUUGGCUGUGUGGUUGGCCAUGAGGCGAAUACCUUCAUUCACUUUCGAUACGACAAUCACCUCUACAUUCUCUAUCGCAUUCCUGAUCCGACUUCAAAGCGCGAUUUCGUGGAGGAGGCGGUGUUUGAGGAGUUCACAACCAUCGCUGGCAGCGUGGGUGGAUGCAUUUCACGAGAGGACCUGGCCAACUACGUCGUGCGCAAUCACUUCCACGCCGAAAUGACCGAUAGGUGCAGCAUGAGCACGAAUACCCAGAUCGGUGCGCUGUUCGAGGAAGUUGAUUCCGAUCACAACGGAUUCAUUACGCAAGAUGACUUGGCCGACUACGUGAAACACAACAACCUCCCUGAACGAACUAUUGAUGUAAGUAACUCAGAGAAAAUUGUAUGCUUGCGACCUGGCUAUGCACUUAAUUGGAAGUCAGUGCAGCCAAAUAAAGAGGAAUUACGAAGGCCUGACUCGGAUUUAUCCCGAGAAUUCGAAGCAAUUGACACCGAUUUUAACGGUUUCAUUACGCGCGAUGAGCUGCGGGCGUACGCGGAGAAAACCGGCAAGCCGGAGUCAAUGGUUGAGGACUGGUUUAAGUGGUUCGACUUCGGAAACACGGGAAAAAUUACGUAUGAGGACAUGUGCGAGACGCUUGGCAUCAGCAUGACAAAAACCUACUCCAAGAAGGUGGAGGAGAAGCGAGAGCUGAUCAAAAAGGGCAAAAUUCUGCCGCCAAAACACAUGCCCGAGCAAUACGCGGCACCGAAACCCAAGCCAAGCUUGCUUGAGGAUGUUAAUGUCCUCUACACUGGCAAAACGGAGCCAGGUCUGCUGGAAGACGCGGUCACCGCAGUGAAGGAGAACGCCGAUAAGGAGGAGUUCAAGAAGGAAUCGCAGUUAGCCCGCGUCUUGAAGGAGAGCAUGGAGAAGAAGUGGGGGCGCUAUUGGCAGGUCAUUGUGAGCCGAUCUACGUUUGGGUGUGCUGUCGGCCACGAAGAUAAUUACUUCAUCCACUUCAAGUACCGACACCACCUCUUCAUCCUCUACCGCACCACGGAAGAACGAGUUAAAGAAAACCGACGGAAGAAGCCUGCAGAAGCCUCAGGGAAGGCUGUGAAUGGAGGAGGCGACGUUCACGGGUCUUCAACAGAGAGUCUGUCGCCCAGCACGCAAAGUAGCAAUCUGGAACAGCUUCCAGAGGAGGAGCCCACGCCGACCAUCCAGAGCUCACAGAAGCACAAGUCAAUGGACUCGUCCAACUUCGUGCGACAAAACAGCGGUUUCAAAGCCGAAUUAAUUCGUGCAGCAUCGACUCCUGGUGGAAAACAGGCCACACAGCCCACCCCAACGGACCUAGAACCAGCCAAUCAGGAGGCUCCUGCUGAAGAUGAGAUUCAGGUCUCAACGGCUUCACAGGCGCAGCACACCGCACCCAUGUCUCAAGAUCCGUGGCUCGUCGACGGGUUCAACGGCAAUGGUGGUGUUAGCGCAAGAAAAACGAGUAUCAGCAGUGCCAGCAGCGAGAGCCUUCGACAAAAAUUUGAGGUACUUCACGAAGAAAGCGUGGACGAAGAACUCUUGAGAGAUGUGAUGCGUAUCGUGAAGACGAACGAGGACAAAGUGCAGGAGGAGAAAGACAUGGCCAAGUUGCUGAAGGAUGGCGUUGAAGAGAAACACGGCAAGCACUGGCAGGCCAUUGUCGCCUACAACAAUCUCGGGUGCAACGUCGAACACGAGAUUCGCACAUUCAUUUACCUGCGGAGAGACAACCACGUCUACAUCCUCUUCCGUACACCGAUUGCCGAUUAG